GAUGCUAGUCAGAUUUGUUUCUGAUGAGCCACGACAGGAACUCCUAUGCUGUCUAAUCUUAACCUGACAAGUUUGAGGCUUUGGGGUCAUGCACAGAUUUCCCAGGAGUGCUCUGACUCUGAGAGGGCCUGAGGUUUCACGUGAGUGUGUUGGUGUGAUCAUGAUUAGAGUGAAGUUGAUGAUGUGGAUGGUUGGGCUGGAGGGCCACAUGGCGGUCUUUGAUUGUCAGCCCAGCACUCAGGUGGGAGGCCCUCGUCUACAUGGCCUCCUGGGCUCCUGUGACUGGGAUGAGAGAGCGGCAGACCCUCCAUUCUCUGAGGGUCAGGAAUAAGCAGCACUUUGUUCCUUGGAAACAAGACAGUGCUUUCCUUGUCACCUUUCUGAGGGUGCAGGGCCUCUGAACCAGAGAAGACAUCAAAGGAAUCCCAAGAACUUCGGGACUUCUGGCGGGGAGGUUGGAACUAAAUGUUCUGAUGACACCAGAAGGGAGGAGACCAGAAAGCAAUGUCUCUUUCCUCCCCCUCAUCCAACCCCCUCAGCACAGGUGACACUCCCUCCUCUCACCUUUGGGCCAUCCUUGGCCUCAAGCAAGAAGAGUCCCUACCCCUGCCCUGCCACCGUCCAGCUACUGUCCUUCCUCAGCCUCAGUCAGAGAAGUGUAGCUGAGCCGUUCCUUCUGGAUCAUCUGCAUUUUCACCAGGAGGAUUAACCUGGCCAGGGAUAACCAGGAAAGGCCUUGCACCCAAGGGCCAGUUGGACCUCUUAUUCUGUGAGUGUUACAGUUCCUGGACUGGGUGAGGCUGAGACCAUAAGGUAACCAAGCGAGAGGAGGGAUGGCUGGAGGUGCUGACCAGCUGGGUGACCUUGGGGCAAAUGUCUCUUCUCUCUGAGGCAUGAGGACCUGGGCUGGAUGAUCUCUGAGGGACAGUCUGGUUUUGAGAGCAUAGGGGAAAGUACACGGGGAAGGCUGGGGCACACUGGAGGCUCUGGGAAGGGGCAGCCAGCCAGUCCAGGUGCACUUCUGCCGCCAAUCACCUUAACUCUGCCAGCAGGAGGAAUGGCACCAGCCAUGGCCCAGCUCCUGCUCCUCCAGCUUGUUCUAGGGCCAGCUUUGGUUGAAAACUUCAAGCUCCAGCUUGCCAUCAAGAAUUUCCGUACCUUACACAUCGACUUUCCCAAGGUUGACUUCGAAAAGGGUUUCCACGGCUACUGUAAUGGUCUGAUGGCCUAUGUACGGGGCAAAAAACAAAGCUGGUAUUGCCCAAAGAUCCAUUAUGUAUUGCAUGCCCCUUGGACAGUCGUCCGGAAGUUCUGCAAGAACAGUGAGAGCUUCUGUGAGAAUUACAACGAAUACUGUACACUCACCCAGGACUCUGUCCCCCUCACGAUCUGCUCCCUGAACUCCAAACAGCCGCCCACCAGUUGCAACUACAAUAGUACCCUAACCAACCAAAGGCUCUAUCUGCUCUGCUCCAAAAGUAUGAUGCUGAACCGAUAGACAUCAUUGGCCUCUACUAGAGAACAGAGGCUUGCACUUUGAACGACUCUCCCUACUGUCGCUACAGACCAGCCUGUCCCCACUCCCGAAGCUCUGAUCGUGGGUACAAGGUUUCCUCCCUGACUUUGAAGGCAGGCAGGGUCCCCUCCCAAGAGACCAGGGAGGUAGGAAAAAUGUCUCGAGCUUUGGCCACCAUGCAAAGUCAUACUGUCUUGUAGCCUCUUUCUAACUUGUUGCCUUCUGCCGACCCCCCACACACACCUCGCCACCAUCCUCCCUCUCCCACAGACAGUUUUACCCACCCAAGAAGCUGACUGUGUCCAGUUGGCAGCAGUUGUCCAUCUGCUGGGCCAGAUCCUGAAUCCUGGAUGGAGUCCCAGAGCCUCAGCUCACACCAUGGCAACAGGCACCAGUUCUGUGUCUCAAAUCCCCAUCCCUAUCACCCUUCCCUUCUCAGUCUUCCCCAUUUCCCUUAUGAUCCCCUCUACUCACCCACCCACAGAUAGGUAUUUCUAGCUAUAGGAACUUCCCUGGGAGUCAGACUCACAUUAGCAUCAUUUUCCCAGGGACUCCCUCAGUUCCCAGCACUCUUCUCGAUGGAAUCAUUUAUUUCUUCUUCACAUAACGUGUCCUUUCCGCCCUUCUUCUACCAUGAAGCCCAGUGCGGUCUCUCCCCCCAUACUCCAACCUCUUCAAUCACUCUGUAUUCUUUCUCUAAACCUCUUCUCCUUCCAUCCUUCUCACCUUGACUCACUGGAGUUUCAAGUCAUCUUCUCUGACCUGUUCCUCCAAAGAUUCUUGGAUCCCUUUCCUUCCCAAAGCUCCUCCUGACAUCUUCCAAACUCCAGAUCUGCCUCUGACAAGCCUGGGGUGGAGUAGACCACCCAGAGUCACAGAAGGUUUUAAAUCCAUAUGAGAAUUAGGUAAAAGAUAACCAUGGGAUGAAACUGGGUGAAGGGUACAUGGGACCUCCCUGUGCUUUUUGCAUCUUCCUGUAAAUCAAGAAUCAUUUCAAAAUAAAAAGAUAAAAACCGGUCUAAA